AUAUAAAUCUGUGCAAUUAACAGGGGCACUCCUAUGACUACUAUGCCAGCACACCUGUGUUCACUGGGGAUGGGUAAGGAGCGAGCAGCAGCAGGUGGUGUUUUUGACUUCGAUUUUGAAGUGGAUCCAAAUAUUGAUCCAAAACUGGCGCCUGCGCUAAGGGUUUCCAUGGAAGAGGAGAGAGCAAGGCAAGAUGCUGCUGCCAAGAGGGGUGCUAAGGAAGCCACUAGACAAGAAAAAGGAGAGGAAGCGCAACCACUCUCCGAUUCUCAGAAUGCAACUAUGACUGCAACUGAAAAAGUUAUUGAUCCAAUGGAUGAGGAUGAUGCUUUGCUAAAGCAGGCUCUUGCUUUGUCAAUGAAUACCUGGAUCUGAUUCUUCUGUGGGUGAUGCUAAGAUGUCUGAGGCAACUAAUGACCAUCAGGAGUUGGCCUCGGGUAUGUCCUUUAUAUUGUUGGUUAUCUUAACAUAUCAGGGUGUCUACUUGCAUCAGGCUACACCUCUUCUUUUCGAAGGAGGAAAGGGUCUACUAAUUCUUUUGUUUCUGAGGAAUUACAAAAUGCUUCCAUAGAUUCUGUUUCACAUUGAUGGUUCAAGUGAGUGCAGCAUCCAUUUAUGUCUCUGGCUAGUCGUAUUUAUAUCUUGCUAAAUCCUACCAAUCAAAUCUCAUCAAAGCAAAGCACUAAACCAUACUAGGUUUAGUUCAGAAGCUUAAGGCAAUCU